AUGUUUUUUCGGAGGAAGGUCCAGCUGCUUCUAAUGCAGUCCGAUGAAUCGCACGUCGCUUGCUUAGCGUUGUUCUAUUGUAUUAGUUCGAAGAACGUGACGAUGACUGCUACCCCAGGUUCGAAAGCUUGGUUGCUGCGAUGGCUUUCUCUUGUGCUGCUGGUGGUUCAAAACGCGUUACAAGCUUUGCUCAUCAGGUAUUCGAAAACCAGACCUAAUCGAGUUCCGUUCCUGAUGACAUCGAUCGUAUUCUUUUCUGAAUCCCUUAAGUUUGUCAUUUGCAUUGGUUUGGUCAUCCUGGAAAAUGGUAGUGUAUGGAGAGGGUUUGGCGAAGUGUACAGAGGAACCGUGGAAAACUUAAAGGAUACAACCAUCGUUGCCGGAUUAUCCGUUCUUUAUACGUUACAGAAUAUUUUAAUCAUCGUCUCUGCUUCCAAUCUUAAUCCUGCUGUGUUUCAGGUUUCGUAUCAAAUCAAAAUAUUUACUACGGCCAUAUUUUUCGUCAUGAUUCUGAAACGGAAGCUUUCCCGUUGCCAGUGGUUCGCUCUAUUUUUGUUGUUCGUUGGCAUUUCCAUGGUUCAGGUAAACGAGAAGCUGGACACUCAUCCGUCGCCUCCGGUAAACGUCACAAGCAACCAUGUGUCGGGUACUGUUGCAAAGAGCACCGAUAAUUACUUGUUAGCUUAUUUACAAGUGCUUGUUGUACUACUCAAUUCUGUUACCUGUCUAAGUUUGUUUAAGCUUUACCCUGUAUCAGCCGUCAUCAGUGCUCCUACCGCCAUGUCAGAACACAAGAAACUUAAUAGUUUUCCGCACUACACAGUCGUCAGCAUGGCGGUACCAGAUGCUUUCCAAUGCUUUGAACGGUCAUCACCCUGUUUUGCAGGCAUGGUAUCUGUGCUGGGAGCGACGAUGUUGUCCGGUUUUUCCGGUGUGUAUUUGGAGAAGAUGCUGAAGAGCAGCAACUUGAGUCUGUGGAUGCGAAACAUCCAGUUGUCAUUCACCGGGCUGCCUAUCAGUCUUAUAUCGAUGCUGAUCGAAGACUACGAACGUGUGCGAUUGAACGUGUUCCGCGACUACGACUUUCUAGUGUGGACGAUCGUCUUGUUUUUCGCCAUAGGAGGUCUCUUGGUGGCGGCCACCAUUAAAUUCGCCGACAACAUCCAAAAGGGUUUCGCCACCUCGAUAUCGAUCAUCAUCACUAGCUUCGCGGCGGUGUUCUUCUUCGAUUUCCGCCUCACCGCUUUGUUUUCUCUAGGUACUUUCUUCGUUUUAAGCGCCGUUUUCGUCUUUGCCAAGUUCCCUCCUAAAAGCUAA